AUGACGCAAUCGGCAGUGCCUUUGUUAGGAUUUCUGCCUCAGGACUUGAUUGGGACUCCUCUUUUGUUACACCUGCAUCCCAGUGACAGACCUAUAAUGCUGGCAGUGCAUCGGAAAAUUCUGCAGUAUGUUGGGCAGCCAUUUGAUCACUCCUCGAUCCGAUUCUGUGUGAGAAAUGGAGAAUAUAUUACUCUAGACACAAGCUGGUGUAGCUUUGUAAACCCAUGGAGCCGCAAGGUGUCCUUUGUUAUUGGACGACACAAAGUUCACAUGGGUCCAAUGAACGAGGAUGUGUUUUCAGCUCCAGCUUUUACAGAGGAAAAGAUCAUGGAUUCAGAUAUACAGGAAAUUACUGAACAGAUCCACAGACUGCUUUUACAGCCGGUCCACAGUAUGGGUUCCAGUGGUUAUGGCAGUCAUGGCAGCAAUGGUUCUCAUGAGCACCUGCUGAGCAUAGCGUCCUCUAGUGACAGUAAUGGAAAUGGAAACACAGCAAACAGUGGGAGCAGGAUCAACGGAAAUACCAGAAAGGAAGAGGGAAAAUGCAAACCAAGGUCAUUUCAGGAUAUUUGUAAAGGGGUUCACAUGAUGAAAGCUCAGGAGCAGCAAAGCUCCUCUUCAAAAGCAGAACAGAAAAAGUCUUUGGACACAGGCUUCAGGUUUCCUGUUGUAAAGCAGAAAGACUCUGCACUGCUGGUCAGAGAUGGACCUGCCACAAUGGAGGAAUUCAAGGACCAGACAAUGUACUCAUACCAGCAAAUCAGCUGUCUAAACAGUGUCUUCAGGUUUUAUUUGGAGAGCUGUAACGUCUCAAACACAGCAAAACAGAAGUAUCAGUUCUCGUCAAACACCACCUCCUCAAAUUCAGAUGAAGACAAGAAAGCCUCUGAUGCCAUUUUACAAAAAACUGAUGAUUCUCUAGAUAUGGAAGCACAAACUUCAAUGUCUAUAAAGACCAAUAAAAAGCCUCCACCAAGUCCUGGCCCAUGUCAUGUUAUUGGAGGGCCUGUAUCACCUUUGGACUUAGCCAGCAAACCAGACAGCGUGAUUUCUCAAUGUUCUUACAGCAGCACAAUUGUACAUGUGGGAGACAAAAAAACACAGGCAGAAUCAGAGAUCACUGAGGAUGUUGCAGAAAGCCCAGCCCCUUCUGCACCUGUUAGUGUGCUUUCCACUUCCAAAGUGGAGCAGGAAGCCUAUAAGAAGCUGGGACUCACAAAAGAAGUAUUUUGGCAGUGUGGAAUCCUCAGAGAACAAUCACAAGAGCAAAGACAUAAAAAGGAACAAGAGGAGAAUUUUAAGUACGUUCUUCAAGAGCUUGUUUGGAGAUUUAAUGCCAAUGAUAAUGACUGUGUCAUGAUGACCUAUCAAGUGCCAUCAAGGGCCAUUGACUUUAUCCAUGUGCCAGUCUAUCAGUGA